AUGCGCCAAGUUCAUCCGGCUGAAAAUGAUUAUAAAAGCCUUGCGUCGUUGAAAUGUCCUUUAUGUGAGUCAACAUUUAAUGCUACAUCAAAGCUUCACGAGCACAUUGAAAUAGACCAUGAUGUACACUUGGAGGUUGUGUCUAAGGUCUUUGAAUCUAAUUUAAAAAAUGGAAAAGUGUCAUUGAAAAAGAAAAUCUUGCUUUUUUUACCAUUCAUCGAGAAUGGAAAUAGAUCAUACUAUGGAUGUCAUAGAUCAGGAUCAUCCCGGUUAACAGGCACGGGCAAAAGACUGAAAUGGUCACAUUCCAGUAAAAUUGGUUCAAGAUGUCCUGCUCGAAUAGUUGCAACUAAUAUUGAAGGCCGCAUUACAGUAGAUUAUUGCAAGACACAUGUGGGCCAUUCCAAGUCAAUUAAAUUUUUACAUUUGACUAAAGAGGAACGAGAUGAACUGGCUGGCAAAAUAAAAAUUGGAGUGACUUUUGAUCGAAUCCUAGAUGACAUCCGUGAAUCAGUAGUGUCGAAUGAGAAUAUUCACCGCCUGCAUAUUGUCGAUAAAAGAGAUUUAUAUAAUAUUGUUAGAGACUAUGAAUUGGAUAGGGAUGUAGUACAUAAGAAUGAUGCAUUCAGCACUGAGAUAAGCCUACAUUCCGAAUGGAGCAAAUUGCCCACAGUCAUCAUUAGGUUACUUAAUGCUGCAUUAGGAAUUGCUAGUUCUGCUACAGAUGAAGGGAAACUUAAAGACUGUAAAAAAAUAGAAGAAGUUAUUCAGAUUUUACAACCAAAUAAAAAUGUGUCUGAAAACUCAAACUCAUCUGGGCCCCAUUUCUCAGAAUUACCUGACAUGCCAAGUCACAGAAAUAUAGAUCAACAACGUUUUAAUUCAACAAGAAAAAAACUAAAAUUAACCAGUGGUAGACUGUCAAAAUCAACUGAAAAAGAAAAGGUGUCUAUAAUAGAAGCUAUUAAUAAUACAAAUAGAACUAGCCAAGUUGUAAAUACUGAAUAUGAUCAUAAAUAUUAUAAUCAUAAUACAGUGUGA